CUUGAUACAUUGCACACAAAACCACAGUGUUCGCAGAAUCAGGCCCGAUCUCUGUUAGCACUUGCCGGUAAAUUUUGAUGACUCUCAUAUGCAGCACAGUGCCAGUACUAGUGCCACGCUACCUUUUGGUGAACUGGUGAGCACCAGUGGCCUAGUGCAUCUUGGUCUUUCACAUACCAGCACUGCAGUAUCACUUAGUGAGGUGGCGAGUCCCACAAGCUGGUGCGGUGGCAAGCACAAGUAGUGUCCCGCAGCCACCAAGAAUUCGCAAACAGGCCCAUAGAGCCCCUAGCAUCCUUCCGGAUGUGCUUGCAAAUCCUGAUUGGCAGCCCACAAAUUCUGCAGCACCCAUACUUCCCCCUUUCACUGCCCAACCCGGAAUUCAGGUGGAAACAGCAAAUUUAACUAUUCCCCUUGAUUUUUUGGAGCUGUUUUUCACGGAAUAUCUGUUUGCAUUGAUUGUGGAUCAAAGCAAUGUAUAUGCACAAUAAUUUAUUGCUUGCAACCCAAAUUCAAACCUUGCCAGACCAUUUGCAUGAAAACUCAUUACGGUUUCCGAAUUUAAUUUUUUGGGGCCUAACCCUCAACAUGGGCAUUACUAAAAAAAUGAAUUGCGGUUGUAUUGGUCCACAUUCAUCAUAUGCCUGUGUUCUCUGCUGCCAUGGCCAGGCAUAGAUAUAAGAGUAUAAUGUGUUUUAUGCAUUUCAACAACAAUACACUCUAUCAUCCUCGAGGUGACCCUGAAUUUGACCAGCUCCACAAAAUUCAGCCCUUCGUAAAUCACCUUAACCAAAAAUUUGCAGAUGUCUAUACUCCCCAGCAAAACAUCUGCGUUGAUGAGUCCCUCAUUAAUUUUUCUGGCCGCCUUGCAUUCAAACAAUUUCUCCCCAGCAAGCAUGCCAGAUAUGUGGUCAAGAUGUAUAAGACCUGUGAGAGGGCAACAGUCUAUACAUAUAAGUUUCGGAUUUACGAGGGAAAAGAUAGUCAUGCGGAGCCCCACAGAUGCCCAGACUACAUGGGGAGUAGUGGCAAGAUAGUUUGGGAAUUGGUGUCAUCCUUUUUCCAUAUGGGGUACCACUUAUACGUGUACAAUUUUUAUUCAAAUGUGCCACUAGACACUUGUGCAAUCUUG